UUUUUUUAUUAUCACAGAGCAGUUUGCUGAGUGGUGAAAAUAUUAAGUCUUUUAAAGAGACGAAUGAGCAAAAGAAACCCAGGAAUGUUCUUAGCUCAUCAGUACUUCAAGUGUCUUGGCAUUAGAACAACUCUACUGAAGAUUAAUUACUCUUCGAGAGGCUUCAGAUUUUCAGCUUGCUCAGCCAUGAGCUUCAAGCACAAAAAUGCUAAACGAAUUGAAGGGCUUGAUAACAAUGUGUGGGUGGAAUUUACAAAACUUGCUGCAGAUCCCACUAUUGUUAAUCUUGGACAAGGACUUCCAGAUAUAUCUCCUCCUAACUAUGUAAAAGAAGAAUUAGCAAAAGCAUCGUCGGUGGAUAGGCUGAACCAGUAUACCCGGGGUUUUGGUCAUCCACCAUUGGUGAAAGUCCUGUCUCAAGUGUAUGAAAAAGUUUGUAGAAAAGAAAUUGAUCCAUACACUGACAUUCUGGUGACAGUAGGGGCAUAUGGAUCCCUGUUUAGUGCAAUGCAGGCACUUAUUGAAGCAAAAGAUGAAGUAAUAAUAAUUGAACCCUUCUAUGACUGUUAUGAGCCCAUGGUGAGGAUGGCAGGAGCCACACCUGUUUUUAUACCUUUGAGAAAUAAAUCUGUGAAUGGAGAAGUUGCUUCUAGUGCUGACUGGAUCUUGGAUCCCACUGAGCUUGCAAAUAAAUUUAAUUCCAAGACUAAAGCUAUUAUACUAAAUAACCCUCAUAAUCCCAUAGGAAAGGUCUACACAAAAGAAGAGCUCCAGUUAAUUGCUGAUCUCUGCAUUAAGUAUGAUACACUGUGCAUCAGUGAUGAGGUGUAUGAAUGGCUAGUUUAUACUGGAAAUAAACAUAUUAAAAUAGCUACUUUGCCUGGAAUGUGGGAGAGAACCAUAACAAUAGGAAGUGCUGGGAAAACAUACAGCGUAACUGGCUGGAAGCUCGGUUGGUCUAUCGGUCCCUCACAUCUGAUAAAGCACUUGCAGGUGGUUCAACAAAACACCAUUUAUACAUGCCCAACCCCGUUACAAGAAGCCCUGGCCCAAAGCUUUUUGCUAGAUUACAAACGCAUGGAUGAUCCGGAAUGCUAUUUCUACUCCUUGCCUAGAGAGCUGGAAAGUAAACGGAACCGAAUGGCUCAGAUGCUUCUGGAAAUUGGAUUAAAGCCUAUUAUUCCAGAGGGAGGAUAUUUUAUGAUUGUUGAUGUGUCCACACUAGGUAUAGAUCUAUCUGACAUGGAAAAAGAGAAACCCUAUGAUUAUAAACUUGUGAAAUGGAUGAUGAAAUCUAAGAAACUGUCAGCUAUUCCUCUGACUCCAUUUUGUGGCCCAGAAACCAAAGGUCAAUUUGAAAAAUAUAUACGCUUUUGCUUCAUCAAAAAAGACAGCACACUAGAUGCGGCAGAAAUGAUUCUGAAGAAUUGGAAGAAACAAUGACCUAGAAAUAAACAGCUUCCAUCAUCCAAAAGAAGAAAAAAAAAACCAAUGAUUUUUUUAAAGAUUACAAUAUACUGCCAUCUGCUGGAUAUUUAGCAUUAAUAAUUAAAAGAUGUUG